CGGGCAACUUUCGGGUCUCUUCUGAUCUGCGAGCCGCUGCGGCGGCUGCCUCUAGCUGUGGACCUCAUGGCUCAGCAGCCGGGGAACGGCGGGGCGCAGAAGCCGAGGCUGGCCAAGAUCGUCAUGGCCGGCGAGUCCUGCGUGGGGAAAACGUCUAUCCUGAGGCGCUACAUCGAGCUCUGCCCGGCCACGAAGUCGAUGCCCGCUUCCUAUAUCGCCACCAUCGGCAUUGAUUUCAAAGUAAAAACAAUUUCAUUUAAUGGUACAACUAUGAAACUUCAAAUCUGGGAUACUGCUGGCCAGGAACGAUUCCAUACCUUUACUACUAGUUUUUUCCGUGGAGCACAUGGAUUUGUUCUUGUCUAUGAUAUCACAAGUGUAGAGAGUUUUCAAGAAAUUACACGCUGGAUAAAUGAUAUACAUGAGAAAACAGAUGAAAAUGUAGAAAUAAUACUGCUGGGUAACAAGUGUGAUAAGGAGACUGAACGUGUAAUUCCAAAAAGCAGAGGAGAAAAGCUUGCUUGGGAAUAUGGAAUACCCUUUUUUGAAACCAGUGCUAAAGACAAUAUAAAUAUUGAAGAUGCAUUUUCAGUGCUAGCCAAAGAAAUACUGAACAACAGUUCCAGUCUGCUGCUUGACUUAGAUGUGGUGGACCUUAGUCGAAAAGCACAAAAGAGAGCUUGUUGCACAUGGUGAUAGACAAUUUGGUCUUUCUUCUGAUCAUGUUAUUUAUUUUGUACAUAAACUUUUUAACUUGUAAGAUAUUAAGGUAAAGAAAAAAUCCAGUUGUUAAGUACUGAUAGUAACAAAGCAACAACACUCUCUGUACGUUCUUUGUUUUCUUUAAUUGUGAAAAUAAACAGCUCUUAUAUUUUGCACUUAA